AGUGUCCAGUGACCGGGACCAGUGUCCAGUGACCGGGACCAGUGUCCAGUGUCAGGAUGCAGCCGUUCAGCAUCCGUUGCUAUGGUGACUGUGACGGUCAGCGUGUGAGAGAGCUGUACGCGGCGGGGGUAUGGGAACACUUCCCUCGGGCACGCCGACACUUGCUGGGACAGUGGUGGGUGUGGGUGGCCGUGGGGCUGGUGCUGGGGCUGCUCCUGGCUCUGCCCCUGCCGCCCGCACUGGCCCUGGGUCUGGGCGUGGUGCUCCUGGCCACCGUACACCAGCUCCUGCGGCAUGUCUGGUCCUCCCUCAUCAACCAGAACCUGCGGGCGGACCUGUUGGACCCGGCCAGCCACUACCUGGGUCGAGAGGGCGGCUGCUUCUGGGUUGCCGAGUGCCAGGGGCAGGUGGUGGGCACGGUGGGUGUUGUGCCCUCCAACGCCUCGCCCGCUGAGCUGGUGCUGAAGCGCCUGAACGUGGCCAUCACCCACCGCAGGAGGGGCAUCGCCAAGGCCCUGUGCCGUACCGUGCUGGCCUUUGCCCACACCAGUGGCUUCACCGCAGUGGUCCUCAGCACCUCACUCAUCCAGACUGAAGCACAACACCUCUACCUCAAGAUGGGCUUCCAGCCGACCAGCACCGUGCUGCCCCAUAACCUCCUCGCCAAGCUCACCAACUACACCAUCCACCGCUACCGGCUCAUGCUGGCAGGGCAGGGGCAGGGACAGGGGCAGGUGGAGGGGCAGGGGCAGGUGGAGGGACAGGGA